AUGGCGACCACCUUAUCCUUAUCCUUCCUCUCCUUACUCCUCCUCAUUUCCACAGCAUCUGCAGCAACUCCUCCGCCACCGCCGCCGCGAUGCCCGUUCGAUCUAAGCUACGUCCGCACAAUCCCAUGGGACACAUCCCUCUGCGAGCAAACUGACGGCCGCCACUGCUGCCAGACCCUGCUCAGCCUCUUCGGCAUCGGAAUCGCCCAGCACCUCCGCGAGACCUCCCUCUUCCAGCUCCCCGACGCCAACGCCUCCGCCGCCUGCCUCGCCGACUUCCGGACCCACCUCGCCGCCAUCUCAAUCGACCCUUCUUUCGUCCCUCUCUGCUUCAGCGACCCCAAUCAGUUCGUCUCCAACGCUUCCAGCUGCGUCGGGGUCAUCUCCACCGCCGAUUGGAUCCAGCGGGUCGGACCUCUCACCCCGCUCGAUUCCGCUUGCAGGGGCGACGUCUCCGGCCUCACCCGCUGCAGCUCGUGUUUGGACGCCGGCUUGAAGGUGAAUUCCCAGCUCACUAAUCUCCAGGCAAAUGCUACUUCCAAGUGCUUCUACUUCACUUGCUUGUAUGCUGUUGCUAUGGUCAGCGAGCUCGGCCCUCUCGAUGCCAAGACGUCGGGUUGUAUUCUGGCCUUGCCGUUGAAAUCCUCUGCUACUUCUGGUAAGAAGGGUAACCACGGGAAAGUAGUGGGGCUUGUUUUGGGGAUAAUCGGUGGUGUUGCUGCUCUUGUCGUUGCUGCUUUGUUGUUUGUGGUUUUGUGUCGAAAAAGGAAGAAGAGGAAGCAUGCUGAGGCUUCCCAUGAGGAAUUCGUCAGCAGUUUCAAAUCUGCUGUGCUGCCGAAUUCUGGGGCGAAAUGGUUUCAGUCGGGGGAGCUUGAGAAGGCCACAAAUGGGUUUUCGCAGAGGAAUUUCCUGGGGAAAGGGGCUUAUGGUGUUGUCUACAAAGGGGUUCUCUCGGAUGGCAGUUUCAUUGCUGUGAAGGAAAUGCACGAUCCUGAAUCUCUGAGGGAUGAGGAGUUCUCCAAUGAGGUGGAGAUCAUUAGCAAGAUCAGGCACAGAAAUCUCCUCUCGCUCCGCGGCUGUUGCGUUACCAGCGACAUCUUCAGAGGUAGAAGGAGGUUUCUGGUCUAUGAUUACAUGUCGAAUGGAAGUCUUGGUGAUCAUCUAGCUAGUGAUCAUACUAGGAGGCAGUUAACAUGGCCUCAUAGAAAGAACAUCAUCCUUGAUGUGGCCAAAGGGCUGGCAUACCUCCACCACGGGAUCAAACCUGCCAUUUAUCACCGCGACAUUAAGGCCAACAACAUACUUCUUGAUAAGGAAAUGAAAGCCAAGGUUGCUGAUUUCGGGCUGGCAAAGCAGAGCUCAGAAGGGCAGUCUCAUCUUACGACAAGGGUGGCUGGGACACAUGGCUAUCUGGCACCCGAGUAUGCUCUUUAUGGUCAGUUGACAGAGAAGAGCGAUGUUUACAGCUUCGGGGUUGUGAUUCUCGAGGUGAUCAGCGGGAGGAAGGUAAUAGAUACGUCGAGUGCUUCGUAUCUUUUGAUCACGGAUUGGGCGUGGAUGCUGCUGAAGUCUGGGAAGAUGGAGGAGAUCUACGAUGAGGCGAUAAGGGAUGAAGGUGCUAAAGGGGUGAUGGAGAGAUUUGUUCUGGUUGGGAUGCUUUGUGCUCAUGCUAUGGUGGCUUUUAGACCGACGAUUGCUGACGCUUUGAAGAUGCUAGAGGGUGACAUUGAUAUUCCCAAGUUGCCUGACAGGCCAUUGCCUCUCAGUCACGAGUCGUUUAGGCAGCCUGCUAAAGCUUCUUCGCAUAGUGGUUCAUCAUCAGUCAGCGAGAGAUCUUGA